UCUUUCGCUCUCUCCUUUCCUGAAGUACUGCAGCGAGGGAGGACUGCAUCGAAAAAAAAGCCUCACUGUCGUGCGCUGGCAAUUACCUCUGAUCCUCUUCUACAGUCAAAAAACCCACAAGAAUAUUCUUUUCCUCACAUAAAGCAAAAGCGGAGUCCGAUGCAAUGGGUUACUAUCAGCCCAGUUCACUCUUCUCGCCAUAAAUGACGCCUGGCUGAUGAUUGCCACAGCCAUUGUGGGUUAUCUCCUGUGGUGACCGCAGACUCAAGAGUUUUCUUCCCUGCUGCAUCUCAAGACCCACUGAGCUCACCUUUCUGCAAUUCCCCCGCCAGCGUCCACUCACACCUCUUGCCCCUCCUCCCUCUUUCUUCUGAGUAUCCUCUGAACUUCACGUGAAGACCUGCUGGUGGAGCCAAAAUGGAGGACACUUACAAUAACAGGACUUCCCUGGCUAAGGGGGCCAAGGACAUGGCCAAGGAGGCCAAGCGGCAUGCAGCAAAGAAAGUCAACAAGGUGGUGGACCGCGCUACAGAUGAGUACUCAUCCCACCACAACUACAACCGAUUCCAGAAUGAGGAGGAAGAAGAUGAGGACUUCUACCGGAACCCUCCGAGGCAGGAUGGAGAGGGCUACCAUGACAACGAGGAGGGCUCCAGUGAUGCAACAGAGGGCCACGAUGACGAGGAUGAGAUCUACGAGGGCGAGUACCAGGGGAUUCCCUCGGCGGGAGACAGGAAGCAAAAGGAAGGCCAGGUGGCACUGGGGCAACCGAUGUCAGAUGCCACAAGGGACCGUAAGGGGCUGGAGCAGGAGAGACAGGCUGACGAAGAGGAGCUGGCCCAACAAUACGAGCUGAUCAUCCAGGAGUGUGGCCACGGGAGGUUCCAGUGGCAGCUGUUCCUGGUGCUAGGGCUGGCACUCAUGUCAGACGGGGUGGAGGUGUUCGUGGUUGGCUUUGUGCUGCCCAGCGCAGAGACAGACAUGUGUGUGCCCAAUUCCAGCUCAGGAUGGCUAGGCAGUGUUGUUUACUUGGGGAUGAUGGUUGGAGCAUUCUUCUGGGGAGGGAUGUCUGACAAAGUGGGCCGCAGACAGUGCCUCCUCAUUUGCAUGUCCACGAACGGCUUCUUCGCCUUCCUGUCAUCUUUUGUCCAGGGAUACGGCUUGUUCCUCCUUUGCCGUCUCUUCGCAGGCUUUGGGAUAGGAGGUGCUGUGCCCAUCGUUUUCUCCUUCUUUGCGGAGGUGUUGUCCAGAGAGAAAAGAGGAGAACACCUCAGCUGGUUGUGUAUGUUCUGGAUGAUUGGAGAGAUCUAUGCAUCAGCUAUGGCCUGGGCCAUUAUACCCCACUACGGUUGGAGCUUCAGUAUGGGUUCAGCGUACCAGUUUCACAGCUGGAGGGUGUUUGUGGUCGUCUGUGCCCUGCCCUGUGUGUGUGCUGUGGUGGCACUUACCUUCAUGCCCGAAAGCCCCAGGUUCUACCUUGAGGUGGGGAAGCAUGAUGAAGCCUGGAUGAUCCUCAAGCAGAUCCAUGACACUAACAUGAGAGCACGUGGGCAACCGGAGAAAGUCUUCACUGUCAACAGGAUCAAGAUCCCCAAACAGCUGGAUGAGCUGGUGGAGAUGGAGUCAGAGUCUGCCAACCCGGUUUCCAAGUUCUUCUUUAGGAUAAAGGCUGAAAUACAUGGGAUCUACCUGAAUCUCAUGAAGUCCUUCAACUACCCUAUGAGAGAAAACAUGAUGCGUCUCGCUGUGGUUUGGUUCACACUGUCAUUCGGGUAUUAUGGCUUGUCAGUCUGGUUUCCUGAUGUCAUUAAACACCUCCAGGCAGAUGAGUAUGCAUCUAAAGUGAAGCUACACAACAAUGAACGCAUUGAAGACUUCACCUUUAACUUCACUCUGGAGAACCAGAUUCACAAAAAUAGCCUCUUCAUCAACGACCGAUUCAUCAAUAUGAAGCUGAAGUCCGUCACCUUCAUUGACUCUACCUUUCGUAACUGCUACUUCGAUGAUGUGACAUCGGUGGGCUCCUUCUUCCGUAACUGCACUUUCAUUGAUGCUUUCUUCUUUAACACAGACAUCGAUGAAAACAAGUUGAUAGACGGCACAGAGGUGAUCAACAGCACAUUCACCCACAGCAAGAAAGGAUGCCAGAUGACGUUUGACGACGACUACAGCGCCUACUGGGUUUACUUCAUCAACUUCCUGGGGACACUGGCUGUUCUUCCUGGCAACAUUGUGUCCGCCCUUCUCAUGGACAAAAUAGGACGUCUGUCCAUGUUAGGUGGCUCCAUGGUCCUUUCAGGCAUCAGCUGUUUCUUCUUGUGGUUCGGCACCAGUGAGUCCAUGAUGAUUUUCAUGUUGUGCCUUUACAAUGGUUUGAGCAUCUCUGCCUGGAACUCCCUGGAUGUGGUCACGACUGAGUCAUUCCCUACUGUCAGGAGAGGAACAGGCUUUGGGUUCUGCAACGCUCUCUGUAAGCUGGCUGCAGUCUUGGGAAACCUGAUUUUUGGGUCUCUUGUUGGCAUCACAAAGGCCAUCCCCAUCCUCAUGGCCUCGUCUGUGCUCGUCGGGGGAGGCCUGGUUGCACUCCGGUUGCCUGACACCAGGAUGAAUGUGCUCAUGUAACACCAGCGUGGCGUCCAUUAGCCGGGAUAAAACCCGGGUAAAUCCCGGGUGAAUCCGAGAGGAAGCCCAGGGAGUGUUGAGCAAGGAGUGCAAAUGGCUUGGUCCACACUUAACGUCACACUUUUAAUCACAUUUUGCUAAUGUACCUUAGGAAAAGCUGGAUAGCAACCCACCUUUCUCAUUGUGUGUCUUACUUUUAUCACACAAAUCAAAUACAUUCCGAGUUAGUCAAUAAUAAGCUCAGCCUCUUUGUGAAUGUAUUGUUUAGAGAUUUCACAUGACAGAGCUGAGAGUUUGCACAUGCUUUGGUACACAGACUUCGGUGGAGUUUUGUUCAGUGACUGGUUGCCCCUUCCAGGUGCAGCCAUAACCUUGUGUGGAGUCAUUUCAUAGUUAAAACUCGAAGCUUUUUAAUAUUGAUACAGUCUUAUUAAGACAAGCCAGAUGGGGAGAAAUGUGAAAAACAAGCUGUAAUGAGAACACCCAACCUUCUGUGUGACAAGGCAGGGAAUAGAUGAUCAGACGGAGCGGACACACGACACAGCUGUAUGACAGCUGGCUUGCCCACAAGACUCACGUACACAGGACAGGUUGUAGACAGUGUGCAGAAAGUCAACAUAAACACCAACACAUAAAAAGCCAAACACAUGGAUAUACUUUAUGUGUCUUAAAAUAGACUGACUCUUUUUUUCUUCACUUGCACCAUACGGGACAAAAAUACUCAACAUGACAUUUGCUCAGACAUCUGCAACCUUUUCAAAAUAAAUAAAUUAAUGUAUGAUGCCAAGCCCUUUGCAUUACCUACCCAACCAAGAAUCAAAAGGCCAUAUUGAAAAACUUCUUGUACCAAUAAUUGUAUGGUAUGGUGAAUCUGAGGCUGCUAAUUUUAUUUCUGCUUAUGCUUUGUGUCGCUGUGGAAGUUGAAAUAAUGAAUUAUUCAUUUUAUCCAAAUGUUGUACUCCAGAUCCCCAUUCAUGUGUUGUAUUAUUGUUCAAAGGCUCUCUGAUGAGCUCUCCUUCUGGUUUAGCUUUGUGUUGGAUCUUGCUUGUGGCAGUGACGUCGCUGCUUCCUUUUAAAAAUACUGAAUGGCCUUUUUUAAAUGUGCCUCUCCUUAACUGGAGCAGUCUGCCCAUAGUUAUGUGAAGUCCAAAGGUUAUAAUGAACAGACAGACACUGAAUAGGAAGUAAAUAGGGAAAAUAAUCAUGCCGUUUUUUUGUGUGUAUUAUGUGAAAAAUGUGGCCAAUACAGUAUUUUAUUAGGGUGUGAAAUCUUUUUUUUUGUCUAAACCUUGUCUCUUUUGUUAGGCAUACCUAUUUUAUAUAAAACUUUUAUUUUGGUGAGAUAAGCCUCCCCCACUCCUGAAAAAAAGAAUCCGUUCGGUAACAAUUAUUCAUAACACGACAAAAUGGUGUAAGUUACUGAGCAUGACUACAAAAUUAUAACAAAAAUAACAACCACCUCUUUAUGAGGGAUAAUUGGUGCCACCCAUGAUGAAAAUGUCUCCUAAGGAAACUCAUUACCCCUUUUUUCUUUACUUUGUUUGAAAGAUUGACAGAAAUUAUGUUUGCAUAUUUGUUACAUUUGAAGUGAAACAAAAACAAAACCAGAUGCUAAAUUUUUUAGAUCUAAAAUCUAAUUUUGCCAUAAUCUAACACUUGAAAACAUGACCUACCUUGUACUAGUUAUUAUGUAUCUUGUCUCUCAACAUUGGAACCUCAAUGCAUACUGCUAAAGAUAAUGAUAAUAAGAUUAUGUUGCUAUUUUCAAAGUGUAAAAAUACCUCUAAAUUAUAUUAACAUUUUUCAGAUACAUAUAUAACAUAACAAUUCAGUUGCAACUGAGUCUUGUUUAAUUUGAGUCUGUGGAUUGUAUUUUCUGUGGCUAACAGCCUGUGUCCUUCUGCUUUUCUCUGUAUUUGUGGUAUCUGUAAUUGCAGCGUAGGUAGUUUGCUCUUGCCCUGCAGUUGGCUCUGUCAAGGCUACUCAACAACAACAACAACAAUAACAACAACAACAACAAAACAACAACAAAAAAGGCUUCCAAAGUGGUACUAUACAUGUGCAUCCAUUUCCAUGGACCCAACUUUUACUCAGAUUUUGUAAAAAUCAGUUGGAAAUACAUUAUAAAGUGUGCUGCUAUUGUGCAACAGAUAUUUUUUGACCAUAUGAUUUAAAUAUUUUUGAAACAAAAGUAUAGCAUACAGAUUCUAAAUAAAUGCACUGAUAUAAAAAGUAAUGACUUUUUUUCCCAGUGUCAAUCCAAUGCUACGUCAGUAGCAAGAAUAACUGAUGGAUUGAUCUGUAUGUUUCUGGAUGAGUUUAAACCUUGAUUAGCAGCAGAUCUACCUGCUGUGUUAUAUUGGGGAGAAGUGAGGUUAACUGUUAUGUUUGAGGUAUUUGCUUUUAUGUACUGUAUUUAGUGUGUGUGUGUGUCAGAGAGAGUACUGUAUGUGUGUGUGGGCCUGCGUGUGGAUGCAUGAGUGUAAAUAAUGUACAUAUCAAAGCUGAUAUUGGUGGACUAUUGGGUUAUAUGUGUAUAAGCUCCUUGAUCGACUCAUGUGUCUCCUGCUUCGUCCAAGCGAUAAGUCCAUCUACUGUAUCUCUGUUGUACAUCUCUGUGUGUCCUCGGCCAUAAGCUCCUGUUCACCUGCUACUCUGUGUGUGCGUGUGUGUGUGUGCGCACAAACUUGCAUGUAUGUAAGAAAACUUCUGUUCUUUUGUGCUCAACUUUGUGUUCUUACUGUAAACUCUUCUGGCAGAAAAUGAUGGCAAUAUUCAGAUUUUUGUUGAGGAAAAAUGUGAAUGUAUCACUCUCGUAAGUUCUGUUCAUCCAUUUUAUGGAGGUAAUCAAAUGUCUGUGGAGAAUAAAGUUGUGCAUAAUAUUGUGAAGGGCCUGCCAGUCAUACGAUGGCUGAGCUGUAUGUUCGGAGGUCCAUAAGUGUGAAAAUAUGUGAAGAAAUAUUUGCCAAAUGAUGCCCUGUGAAUAAUGGUAGAAACUGGAAGGGCAGGGAUUGCAGACUGUGCUGCUUUUGAACAUAUAUACAAUAAAAGCUAUGUUCUCUAGCAAAUUAUGCUUUGCUUUUAUU